CGGGAAGAAAUUUUGGGGUACUGUUUUCCUUGUGGUGGUGUCUGUGUACGUGUGUCUGUAAGUCUGUGUGUACGUGCUUGUGUUCAAUCCCCCGUGUGUGCUUGAGUGUCUGUGUGUAUCAGGCUUCGUGUGUGUGUAUGAGGGCGUGCGUGCGUACGUGUGUGUGUGCGUGGCCAACCAUCAACUUUGUUUAUAUGCGGGUCUUGUACAACCUUUGGAAGAUAAUUUGCUCCCUCGCUUUUCAUUAAUUAAAUUUUCACUUCCCCAAAUCUAACUAACUUUUCCCCCCUCCGCUUGUCUCUCAAACAUUUCUGCUUCCCUUUCAUAACCGCUUCCAUCGCUUAUUUCGGCUCCUUACUGGCUUUUGUUCACCUUCCUUUAGUCUUCAUUGCCUUCCUUGGUCUCUUCUUAAGCUUCGUUCACUACUGGCUAUGUUUCAGACUUCUUAAACACGUGGAGACCUUCAUUCUGUUAUAUUAGCCUCGCAUUUGACUUUCCUUAUCUUCCUUUCCUCCUCGUUCUCGCGGAAACAACACAUUAGCAUUCAUUUCUUAGUUUCAACCCCUUAUCAUCUUUUGCUAAGCUACACUCUUUCAUUAUAGCUUCCUUAACUCUUUCUAUCGUCGCUUUCACUCUCCUCGCUUUCCUCACGUAAUCUUAGCAUCCAUUUUUUAGUUUCAACCCCUUAUCGUGUUUUGCUAAGCUACACUCUUUGUUUAUAGCUUCUUUGGUUCUUUCUAUCGUUCCUUUCACUCCUCUCGUCUCCCUCUUAGCGCCUUACACAUGCGGAAGCACAGGAAUGUCGUGGCGGCGGUGAUGGUGGGCGCUACAAUGCUCCUGUCAGUGUUCGUGUAUCUUCCUCGCUCCUUCGCCCCGCUUCGCCCCGCCUCACAGCUGCCCCAAGACCCCGAAGAAACAUCAAGCCCCUCUGAGAAGCCCCAUCCGCCGCCCCUCCGCCCCCGCCCCGCUUCUUCUCACUGCAAGUCCAUGUUCACGAUUGACAAGGAGGAUCCCGACACCGUUUGGGAUUCAGACGCACCCUACGAAGCCUUGGCGCAGCGGUUGCCUCCCCUACUGGGCGAAAUGAAGGCCAUGGGUUCGAAGGAUAACAUAUCGGCCCAGAUCUUUCUUGGGACGCGUCUGGAGCCACUGGGGGGCGCCGUGCCGUACAUCCCCUGCCUGGUGCGGGAGUUCGGGGCGGCUGAGACGGGCGAGUGCGUGGCGGCGCGGGCAGCUCGGGGCGCCUCCACCUGGAUCGCCUUCGUGGGGGAUUCGAACCAGAGGCAGAAGGUUCACUCAUUCCUUGACUUCCUACCGCGGGACCUCGCCUACUCCUACUACCUGGGCGACGAGCAGGUGAGCCUCGAGGUGUUCACUAACGAAGUCAUAGACCACAAACAUCGCCCGCCAGUGUUUGAGAUUAUUGGCAGACCUCCUCCUCCUCCUCCUCCUCCUCUUCUUCCUCCUCCUCCUCCAGAUUCCUAUGUUUUAAAAGUGACGUUGGUGUGGCAUACUGGAGUGAAGAAUGCCUCCCUCCCCUCCUCCUCCCCCUUCCCCACCGCCUUCUCCUCCUCCUCCUCCUCUUCCUCCUCCUUCUCCUCCCCUCUCCCUCCCAGUGUGCCGGUGGAGGACAGGCUGCGGCAGUGGGUGGAAGAGGGCACUGUUCCUGAUGUGGUUGUCGUAGCCUUUGGGACCUGGAUGCUGCUCUCUCGCGAACACGGGGACGAGCUCAAGCCCUUCACGGAGCUCGAGGAGGCGGCGAGGCUCCUGCAGGAUGCCCUCACGCUGCUGGCGGAGAGGACCACGCUGCUCUUUUGGCUGCAGAGUAGGUACCGAUGGUUCAACGAUGGCUACAGCGAAUCGUCGAGGGACAACAACGAGAGGAAAGGAUUGUGGAAAAUGUUUCUGUACCUGAAUCAGUUCGGUGACGCCAUCCCCCUGGUGGACGCCUGGCUGUGGAGGACCAUGAGGAAGACUGGGGCGUGGCUGUGGGACUCUACUCUGCCCUUUAACCUCGCGAAUUUAGGGGAGUGUCGGAAGCUGAGCGAGGCAGGGCUGUCCACCCAUCCAUUCUACACCGGUCGCUGGUGGAACUGCUUUGACUUUCAUCACGGCGCCUUCGAGACCAACAGCGUGGAGAUCCAGAUGCUGCUCAACCUGCUCUGUAACGCCCACCUCGACACCCCUAGACGCUACUGCUGCGCCGGCCCGUGAUGCUGCUGCCCCCCCCUGCCACUUCUUAACAAGUUUUAUCCCUUACCUCGCCUAUUAAUUUUCUCUUGAUGUCUGUCUCCCCGCAUCCCAUUCUCUCUAUUAUAAUCCCAUCUCUUUCCAUUGCUUCGCCACACGUAGUCACCCCGUGAUGUGCUGCACCCUUAUCUACUUAUUUCCGUCCUUGUCACACUGUUCUGCAUUUCCCUUUCGUUGCCCAUCUAUCGUGAAUCAUCUUGUAUGUUUUGGGUGAAAUUUUAUCCCACAGGUUUUGUAGAUCGUCCCUCCACCGCCCCCAUCUUCCCACGUACUAAUAUUUUUUCUGUCCCUUGCCCAUCCUCCCUGGACUGAUAAUCGGCUAACACACACACACACACACACACACACACACACACACAGACAGACAUAAACAAGUUAUUGAGAAGUAUUUAUAUAGACGCACAAGUAUCCAGUUGAUUCAGUCGGUUCAGUCCAAUUAAACUGUGAUUACUUCGAAAGUUUCUUGUUUAGUUUAACGACACUUAGCGAUUGGAAGCUUUGUACGGUGCGGCCACUUCCUACUCCGUUGUUUUAGUGAGAAAGGAUCGAAAUGGCAGUUUGUGAUAAAUAUAAUAAAUGCUUAUAGAAAGAGAUGCAGAGCAGUUUCAUUUUAUUGCUCUUGGAAGUUAAAUACUAAAAAUAUAAUAAAGUUACUUUUGAUCGUGCAAGGAAACUAGAGGCAUUCACGAGUCUUGUAAAUUGGGAGUUCACUUGAAAGGAAAGGUAAAAGCGAGGGUGAGUCACAGCAGGAUGGUCGUUAUGUCGUUGAGCUGAGAGGCGAACACUCGUCUGUUUCGAAGCUUCGGAGCCUCGAUGUUACCUUCACGCUUCUUCCGCUGCCCCGCCUCCCUCAUCUGCCCCUCAGUCCCUCCCAGCGUCCCCGGGGCUCGAGCGGCGGCCGGCAGCAGAGAAACAGUGACAGGUCAUUUGUGUAAUACCAAGCCACGACGGUGCAGGAGGAAAGUCAUCCUAUCAUCAGCAGUGCCGUGAAUGUCCUCAGAAGCUGGCAGCGCCCCUGCGAGAACACAUCCAUGCCAUGGUUGGCGGACACCGCGAGGAGCAGAUGUGUGAGGCGAGGCCGGUUGAUGAAUGGGUUACCUGGGGAAACCUGGGGAAGGUAAACUGUUGCAAUCCCAGAUAUCUCAUUGGCCCGUGCUCCAGGGCAAUGCAUGGGAUCAUCCAGCACAAGCUCAAGCCUCAAAGGGCCAAUGGUUCGGAGAUGAGCACUGCAGCCACGUGAAAAUGUAGCGUAUGCACCAACCUCUACCAGAGUGAAGCCGUCCUCAAGGGGUGCUGGGGAGUCCCUUUCCCUCCGUGUCCGUGUCCUGACUCGUGGGUUCUCAGAUAAAUGACAGCAUGACUCCUCCUGCCGGGUGAACAAAUCAAGUGGUCACCUUCGCUGCCAGUGGCCGGCGCUGCACCUGCCCGGCGUGUGAAGGAGAGCAGCACUGGAGCCAAGAGGCGUGAAUGUCUUGUGAUAUUCAGGUAUUGUUAUUUUGUUAAAGUAUAGAUCACAAACAUGGGUAAAAGAAACAAGUAAUAUUAAUUUACAAAUUUUUAUUGUAAGUAAAUAAGUCCAACUGUACUUUAUACAUAAAUAAGUUAACCAAUAUACCCUCUUUGGAUACAUAUGUACAAAUUAUACACCACGGUGAUGGAGGGACUUUGUUCUGUGACGUGCUCUGUGGAAGUAAUCGUGACCACUAACACGCUAGCGUUCAUCGGUACAGUUUACAACAGAAUAAUUUGUGCAAAUGAAAGCAUUAAAAUGAAUAUAUUCUGAGGAACUAAUUAUAAGCAGCUCAGAUCAUGUAAUGAUGCAUAAGUAAACAUUCAUACAUAAUAUGUAUAUACUGAAACUGUUAAUCAUAAUGUGCCAUAGUACACAUUUAGUGCAUAGUUAUGUCACAUAGCACAGUUAAUUCCACUUUGUGGAAAAUAAAAGUUCUUGUCACUGAGCGCCACUCCUCUGGGGAGUCAGUGAAACAGUGAUUCCUUGUGUUGACAGACCCUGACAGUGAGGGACCGGCACGCCUCGGUGCACGCCUCAGUGGCCGUGACUGAUCAGCAGUUUUUGGCAAUGAAAUAAUUACUGUGCUGUGCAGUCAGCAUGCGCUGGCAAAAACAUUGUACAGAUGCUGUUCAGCAGCUCCCAGCCUUCUCAUCAUUAGUGUUUUGACUAACAUUCAUCUGUCAGGACCUCUCACAGCCUCCACACCUGUGACCUGCAUAGUUUACAUGAAAGUUCCUCUGGUACUACGUGAGAGCAGUUGCCACUUGUUGGAGCACAGUAUUGAGUAAUGUCUGAUAGGGAUGUGGGAGAAGAGGGAGUUGCUUAUCAGAAUCCUUAUCUUGUUUUUGUCUUUGCUUGAUACAUUCCACAGCAGUGACA